AAACACAAAGAGAGGUAACAUGGAGCAGAUCACUGAGUAUCUCUGCAGAUAUAAAAACUACAACUUUGCAGUUGGUUACACAACUGCAGAGUACAUCGAUUCCCUCCAGAGCUUUGAAAUACGAGACAGUGACAUAUUCCUUGUUACUUAUCCAAAGUCAGGCACUAUAUGGACUCAACAGAUCAUCAUCUCCAUCUGUGAGUUAGACGGGGGUCUGAAUGAAUAUCCCAACAACUUGGAGCAGAUGCCGUGGCUGGAGUACAGGGAGGGUCGUGAAGAGUACUCUCUGCGACCGUCACCACGACUCUUCGCUUCUCACCUCACCCCGGCUCUCCUGCCUCCGGGACUGAAGGACAAGAAGGCAAAGAUCAUCUAUGUGAUGCGGAACCCAAAGGACAACAUCAUGUCUUAUUACCACUUCAGUCAUGCCAUGUCUGACCUGGAGUCUCCCAAGAGCUUUGAUCUCUUUUUCGAGCAGUAUUUGGCGGGAAAUGUUGGCGCAUCAUCCUGGUUCGACCACAUCAGGGUGUGGCACUCUAACAAAGACCAGUACAACAUUCUCUUUCUGACCUAUGAGGACAUGCUUUUGGACCUGAGGACGGCAGUAACAAAGAUUUGCAGUUUCUUGGGGAAAAACCUCAGUGAAGCAUCCAUUCAGCAAGUUGUGGAAAAAUCUACAUUUAAGACCAUGAAAAAAGACUCAAAAGCCAACUAUAAGUUCCUGCCAGAAGAGAAGCUCAAUGGAGACUUCAUGCGUAAAGGUCAGAUUGGUGACUGGAAGAACACCUUUACAGACGCCCAGAGUGAAAGAGUGGAUCAAAUCCUUCAGGAGAGACUCGGUGACAUGUCUCUAAAGUUCAUCUGGGAAUAAGCAGAGCACCAACCUUCAAAGACAUAGCUGGGGAGUUUUUAAAAAAUGUUUUCUCAUGGUCAACAAAUGUAC